UUUUUGGAGAUUGAGGAAGAGAUUAAAUCAAAUAAACCUGCGCUGGUGACGCCAGGAAAUAAGAAGUUAUAUGUAAAACCACUCAUGGUUUAUAUUUUUGGUAGACUAUAGACUACAUAAUGCAAUUAGGAAAUCACAUGGAGGUGCUCUUGUGCUCACAUGACAGUCCGAGCUAUGGCAGGAGAGAUCAAUGAAGGUUCAGUUCCUGCCUAUUACAGAGAAGUGUAUGAGGCCAUCCGCUGCAGAACAGAUGAGAGAGUGCAGGUGGAAGUUUUUAAGCGCCUUCUGGAAAGGAGCGGUCUCUCUAAGACAGCUCUCAGCCAGAUUGCUGAGCAUAUUGACUGUACAGAUGGAUUCCUUACUAAGCUCACCCUCUAUAAAGCGCUAGCUUUAAUUGCUCUAGCCCAGCAAGGGAAAAAACCAAGUCCUAAACUCUUCAUACAUGAGUUGCCGAAACCCCAACUCGGAGGGCCGAGGGAACUGAGCGCUCUGAGGAUGCAGCCGGCUCAGGACGACGUGCUCACUAUUUCACAGACAUUUGAACAGCUUCUCAUCAAAGACACAAUCCAGGUGGAGCUGAUUCCAGAGAAGAAGGGCCUGUUCCUCAAGCAUGUGGAAUACCAGGUCAUCAGCCAGCGUUAUAAAAUAUCAGUAUACAGGCGGUAUAGUGAUUUCGACGUCUUCCACGAAGUUUUGCUGCAGAAAUUUGCCUACAGAGUGGUUCCGGCACUGCCACCCAAAAGGAUGCUGAAGGGAGUCCUAACUUCUAUGUCCGAGCGUGAGUUCAUUGAAGGGAGAAGACGAGCUCUAAUCAGAUUUAUUAACUUGGUGGCUCGCCACCCUCUCUUCUCCGAGGAUGAGCUGGUCAAGACCUUUCUCACCUACAGUGGCUCUGAUGUCCAGACUAAGCUGCGUGACACUUGCAAGAAAACGGGUGAUGAGUUUAUGACCAACAGGAUUGCAACCCAAGCUAAGGAAUAUCUCCCAGCAGACAUUCAGGCUCAGUUCUCAACAAGCAGAGAGCUGAUUAAAAAUAUCCACAACAGCUUCCAGAGACUGCGGGACAGAGCUGAAAAAAUGGCUGAGCGCUCAAUGGAGAACUCAACUGAUCUGGUCCAGUUUGGUCGAGAGCUUAGUGCUUUGGGCUCAGAUGCGUCGGUUCUUCCUUCCUUGGCCUCCUCCCAAAGCAGCUGGGGAACUCUGCGUCACUCUUUGAAAAGCCUGUCGGAGGAGUUUGGAGUUUUAUCCGACAAAGCCGCUCAGCAGGGCAGACGGGAACAGGACGAUGUUGUGGAAAAACUGAACUUCUUUCUAGAUUUGCUGCAGUCAUACAGAGAUCUCUGCGAGCGUCAUGAAAAGGGCGUGCUUCACGAGCACCAAAAAGCGCUGCACAAGUACGGCAUGAUGAAAAGGCAGAUGAUGAGUGCCACUGUUCAGCCCAAAGAGCAGGCUUCUGUAGAGCAGCUGGAAUCACGAAUCGUUCAGCAAGAAAGUGCCAUCCAGACCAUGGAGCUCCGCAACUAUUUCUCCCUGUUCUGCCUUCAUCAAGAGACACAGCUUAUCUUCACCUACCUUCCAAUCACUGCCAACAUUCUUGGGGCUUUCGUUAACUCGCAGGUCCAAGGACACAGAGAGAUGGGUGACGUGUGGAAUGAACUCCAACCUAAGCUCGGGUGUCUCUUUGGCAGUAAUAACGGACUGAAGCCUCCAAUCUGAAAACACAUGCAAAGCAGAAGAUAAACACUCCUACAGAUGAAGAUCACCAACUGGAAAAUGAAAAGCUCUGUGAGCAAAUGCCUGAAAAUGCUUUAGGCACAACUGCUCCUAUUUCCAUUCAGUAAAAUGGUUUCUACUGUGAUUAACUGCAUGUAAGUUGGUGUUCUGUGAUGUUUUUAUUUCAGAAUCAACUUUUACAGAUGUAAGCACAGUAACAAGGUGUUAUUAUAAAAGGGAUCUAAAAUGGUUAACACUCAUUCAUUCUGAUACAAAAUGAUCUGUUUACAGUUUUUCAGAAGUUGCACACUAAGAUGCUGACACUGAGAUUUCAGUCUUUCUGGAUGUUUUUUUAAUCUAUCAAUUGCAUUUUCAUGAAUAACUUUAUUGCUGUACAAAUGCUACAUGCCUGCAUUGUUUAUAUUCUCGACAAACCUGUUUUUUUUAUGUUUGGACAUGAAAAAAUGUGACUAGAAACAAGAACAUAUUUUAAACAACUUCUUCAGGUAAAUAAAGGACACUCCAAAUAAACCAAAAGAUACUUUGCAAAUCCUUAUCUGAAAAUGAGUCAUUAUAUAUCUGGAAACAGCAAAGGUUGCAGGCACUCUAAAAGCAGUUUUGCAAGUAGAGUUUGCUAAUUUUCUUUGAAAAUUCAGUUCAACAGAUAUUGAAACAGAAAACCACGCUUAUUUUAAUUCAUUCACAACACCCUUUUAAUUUUUGACUACUGUAAUGGGUCUUUAAUCCUCUAACUUUAGGUUGUCACUGUAUUUGAUUCAAUUUUGAACUCAGUUUUCUUUUGCAGGUCCUAUAUUAUAAGAUUAUAUAUAUAUCAAAAGAUUUUAUAUUUUAAUAAACAAAUUGAAAGGAGAAUUGAUGACGAUUAAUGAAUCUGGGUGUAACAAUGAGACUCAUACACUAGAAAUGCCUGUUAAUCACACCAAUAGUAAUAGGAUGCACAAGUAUGAAACCCUAGUAAAUUUAGGUUUAAAGUUGUCUUACUUUUUCAGACAUGUUUCUGUUGACUGGAUGUAACAAUAUUAAACCCAGUGGACCUAUAACUAUAUUUUGUAUUAAAAGCAAAAUAUAUAUUGUACUAAAUACAUUUUGCUGAAUUUUGUUCAGAAAUAAACUUGCUUUCAACAUG